CACGUGCACGACAACCAGCACUUCUGUUAAAUUUAGAGCAGAUAUCAAACGCCGCUCUUCCUCCUGAACACAGUCUUCUCCACGGCAGCAGCAGGAAAAGAGGUUGAAGCGAGCUGUGGUGCCACCAUGAGCCCACCCAGGACCUCACCGUGGUUCUUCAUCCAGGAGCUGCUGCUCGUCUUCGCCUUCAUCUCAGUGGAAUUUCCUGGUUCUUCUGCAGGAGGAUCCAGUCUGAGCGCUCAGUCCAACGAUACGGCGGGCAACAAAACCAAAUGCGGGGGCAGUACAGAGUGCAUGCAGGGUGUGAUCCUGUCGGUGUGGAAGCCCGACAACCCAACCUUCAGUGAGCGCCUGGCCAGAGCAACCAUCUACUUUUUGGGCCUGAUCUACAUGUUCCUGGGGGUCUCCAUCAUUGCCGAUCGCUUCAUGGCAUCCAUUGAAGUCAUCACCUCUCAAGAAAGAAAGAUCACCAUCAAGAAACCAAAUGGUGAGAAGAUCACCACGACGGUCCGCAUCUGGAACGAAACCGUCUCCAACCUCACCUUGAUGGCGCUGGGCUCAUCAGCACCGGAAAUCCUGCUGUCGGUCGUUGAGGUUUGUGGUCACGGCUUCCAGGCCGGAGAGCUUGGUCCAAACACCAUCGUGGGAAGUGCCGCCUUCAACAUGUUUGUGAUCAUUGGCCUCUGUGUGUCUGUCAUCCCUGAUGGAGAGACCCGGAAGGUCAAGCACCUGCGAGUCUUCUUCGUCACCGCCUUCUGGAGCGUCUUUGCAUACACGUGGCUUUACCUGAUCUUGGCUGUCUUCUCUCCAGGUGUUGUUGAGAUAUGGGAGGGGCUUCUGACGCUCUUCUUCUUCCCGUUCUGCGUCGGGUUUGCAUAUGUCGCUGACCGCAGGCUUCUCUUCUACAAAUAUGUGUACAAACGAUACCGAGCAGGGAAGAGGAAAGGAGUCAUCAUUGAAACCGAGGGACAACUGGAGCUACCCCUGAAGGUCGAAGUGGAGACGGACAACAAAAUGCUCAACUCUCAAGUCGACAAAUUUAUGGAUGGAGAGUCCAAGGUGGAGGUGAAGGAAGUUGAUGAAGAUGAGGCCCGCAGAGAGGUCGCCAGGAUUCUGAAGGAGCUGAAACAAAAACAUCCAGAGAAAGAGAUGGAGCAGCUGAUGGAACUCGCCAACUACCAAGUUUUAACUCAACAGCAAAAGAGUCGAGCUUUCUAUCGGUGUCAGGCGACCAGGAUUAUGACCGGAGCAGGAAAUGUCCUGAAGAAACAUGCUACUGACCAGGCCAAGAGGGCCCAGCUCAACAUCUGCUCUGAGGUUCCCACCAACAGCUUCUCCUCAAAGGUUUUCUUUGAUCCCGGGACUUAUCAGUGUCUGGAGAACUGCGGCAGUGUGGCGCUCAACGUGGUUCGCAAAGGAGGAGACUUCACCACCGCCAUCGCCGUGGACUACUGGACUGAAGAUGGCACUGCCAAUGCUGGAUCAGACUACAAGUUCACCGAAGGAACCCUGGUGUUCAAACCAGGAGAGACAGAAAAGGAAAUCCACGUCGACAUCAUCGAUGACGACAUCUUUGAGGAAGACGAGCAUUUUCUGGUUCACCUAAGCAACGUGAGGGUCAUAUCAGGGGGUCCACACUGCCAGGAGACCAACCAUGUGGACGCUCUUGCAGGGUUGGGGCUUCCUUGCUCAGCGUCCGUCACCAUCUUUGAUGACGACCAUGCAGGGGUCUUCACUUUUAAGGAGCCGGUGAUCACCGUCAGUGAGAGCAUCGGUGUGUUGGAGGUGAAGGUGAUGCGGACAGCUGGAGCUCGUGGAGCGGUGGUGGUGCCAUACAAAACCAUCGAGGGGACAGCGAAGGGAGGUGGCGAGGACUUUGAAGACACUCAUGGAGCCCUGGAGUUUGAGAACGAUGAAGUCCUCAAAACAAUUCGAAUCAAUAUAAUCGAUGACGAAGAGUACGAGAAAAACAAGAACUUCUUCUUAGAGAUGGGAGAGCCUCUGCUGCUGGAGAUGAGUGAGCGGAAAGCUGUGUUGCUUCAGGAAGUCGGUGAAUUUGUGAAGACCGGUAAGAAAACUCGGACCCUUCUUGAGCGGCUGGACGGUAAAGACAUCUACAGGAAGGUCCAGAGACGAGACCGCCCCGCCCCCUCCAGCAUCAUCACCAUCACAGAGGGGCCGCGUCAAGAGGUUUUAACAAAGAAGGAGGAGGAGGAGAGGCGAGUUGCAGAGAUGGGCAGACCGGUGCUGGGUGAACACGUCAGGCUGGAGGUCAUCAUUGAGGAGUCCUACGAAUUUAAGAGUGUUGUGGACAAACUCAUCAAGAAGACCAACCUGGCUCUGGUGAUUGGUACAAAUAGCUGGAGGGAGCAGUUUGUGGAAGCAAUAACCGUCAGCACUGGUGAUGAAGACGAUGAAUGCAGUGAGCAGAAGCUUCCCUCCGGUUUUGAUUACGUCAUGCACUUCCUCACUGUCUUUUGGAAGCUUCUGUUUGCCUUCGUUCCUCCCACGGACUACUGCAACGGUUGGGCCUGCUUCGUCAUCUCCAUCGUGGUCAUUGGUCUGCUGACGGCGUGGAUCGGGGACCUGGCCUCGCAUUUUGGCUGCACAAUAGGUCUCAAAGACUCUGUGACUGCUGUGGUUUUUGUGGCUCUAGGAACCUCUGUACCAGACACCUUUGCCAGUAAGGUGGCAGCCAUCCAGGACCAAUACGCAGACGCCUCGAUUGGUAACGUGACAGGAAGCAAUGCCGUUAAUGUUUUUCUUGGAAUUGGCGUGGCGUGGUCCAUCGCGGCUAUCUACCACUACAGCCAGGGAGAAGAGUUUAAAGUGGACCCGGGCACGCUGGCAUUCUCUGUCACACUCUUCACCAUCUUUGCCUUUAUUUGCAUCUCUGUCCUCAUCUAUCGCCGCCGACCUUCAAUAGGUGGGGAGCUUGGAGGCCCCCGGGUUCCCAAGAUCCUCACCACCUGCCUGUUUUUCAGCCUUUGGCUCCUAUACAUCAUCUUCUCCUCCCUGGAGGCCUACUGCCAUGUCAAAGGCUUUUAGGUCUUCUGUCUAUCUUGGUCUCAUCAGGUCUUGGUUGGAUCUACUUAUGUUUCUUGAGGUUCUUGAUGUUCUUCCAGUGCUAGCUUAGCAUCCAGUUUGAGGGGAUGCUUUUCAGAGGUUCUGGUCUUUGUUUUGAGGACCGAUGCUUUUGGAGACUGAUUCUUCCAAGCAGGGUUGGUGUCAGAUGACGAUUGUGUUUGGUGGAUUUUAGCUUGGUUCUUUAAAUGUAUUUACCAGUGUGAUCACCUACAGUCACCAGUUUUACUCUGUGAAGCAGUUCAAGACCCAGUCUGGACCAGUCUCAGUAUCUGAGUCCUGUUGUCUUUGUGACAGAAAAACCCGUCAGAGGUUCUAGCUGUAAAGACUUUUCAGGCUUUCUUUGGCGUCUUGACGGUGAGUCAUGGCAACUGCACUUUGCUGCCAUGACUCACCUUCAAGACAACAUCACCUGAAGGAGAACCUUCACCGACACCACUUCUUUAGAUUUAAAUCCAAGACAGGGACUUUCAUCAGAUGAGGAGACCCAUGUAAACCCAAAUACCCCAAGCCAGGAUGAAGGGGGGGGGCAUCACCCAAUGGAUGGUCUUCUUGGAGGACAACACCUGGACAUGGGGGGCGUGGUCAGUCAAGGGAAGAGCUGACAGCGGUGUGUUGUGGUGAAGCUUUUUUAUAACAUCACAGUAAGAAAAUGUGUAACUUAGAUUUAUCUUUUCAAAAUAAAACGGAUCUGGAAGAAAGUAGGCGACUUUACUCUGACUCUGCUUUGAAACGUUGUUGUUCUUCCAGAUUAAACCAUCUUUGGGUUUUGAUCUGUUUAUCUCCACGAAUGACAGCUGGUUUGAAAUGGCUGAAGAGGUUCUACUUCUUCAUCAAAAGUGUUCCUUGGGUUUGGAUCCAAACUCAGGAACCCGUCUGAGUGAGGCGGGUCAGUGCUGAGGAGUUCUCUGGUCUACUCUCCCCACAGAUCCGGUCCUACGUGACCUUUGACAGGAACCGCCCACAGCAGCAGCCCCGGAGCCCUGAGAGGGGGUGGGGGGUGGGGGUUCAUGGUCAGGUUUCUCAAAAAUAUCCAGAUCUCCUGAGACUGAGUCCUUGCAGGUAAAGGUGCAGGAGGGGCGCUCAGGUGAGACUGUAUUGUCAUUGGUUGUUUGGAUAAAGUUAUUAUGGGCUGUUGUUUGACUGAAGCUGUUAUUUCAAAAUAAAAGCAUGCAGAGUGAUGAGCCUCGGCUCUUUUCACCUGGUGUUCACUGAUUGGUCGACAGCCCUCUUUGCCGUGAAAACGUUCUAGUUUGUGCCGGUCCUCCUUGACCAUCUAAGGAACCUGGUCUGGACUAAGGACCAUGAAGAAAAGAUAAACCCCCAAGUUCCUCAGUGGUGUAUUUAUUAUCCAUGCCUUCCUUUUAUUAAUAGAUGUGAUCUUGAAGUUGAUUUUAAUUUGGUUCACUUCUGUUGUUUGCUUUUCAGUCCAUAUUUGGAUGUCGUGUCUGCAGAUCUAUGAACCAACAGACAAACCCUGUUGGAGGCUCUUGGACUCCUUUGGUUGUUUUUCUUGUCAUUAAAUAUAUUCUUCAUCACU